CUCCUCUGGGAAUAAAGCGCCUCCCCUUUAAUCGCUUGGUUGAGUUGUGCCUCUCUCUCGGAGCUGUCCUCGCUCUCUUCAUUCGCACAUUUUUCAGGAGGAACUCCUGAUGGAUAUCGGUGCGCUCGAGUUCCUAGAAGAAAGGAUUCUGAAUUUCACUGUAUUCCCGUCCUUCUGAGGUUUAACAGGCUUUACGACAAGGAUUACAGUCUUCCCCGUGUUGUUAUAUCGUCAGUGACAUGAAGAAGCGCGGAUUUUUGCGUCCAAAGUGGCCGAGGGACUGAAUUGGCGUGGGGUGUGAGAUGCAAUUGAAGCCUUUGGGCAAAGUCCAGUUGCCAGACGUUCUGCUUCCUUGGCUGAAACAAAAGGAACCCAUGAAGCCCAGCUGUCUCCUUGUCUUACCAGUUUGGAUGCUGAACUGCCAUGGCCAAGUGGCUGAAAGACUACCUAAGCUUUGGCAGGAAAGUGCCCCCACAACCACCCACACCGGACUACACAGAGAGCGAAAUCCUCAAAGCAUAUCGCCUCCAGAGAGACCUCGACUUUGAAGAUCCGUAUGAGGAUGCAGAGAGCAGGUCUAGAGAGGAAUCUGGGACUUUUGACCCCUCCACACCAGUGUACGGGUCUCCUAUAAAGGCUUCCAAUGUGGACAUGAAGUCUCCUAAACACAGGCUGAUCAAAGUGGAUUCCCAGGAGCUGGGACGCACCAAGAUUCUCCUCAGCUCCAUCUCUUUGGAAGACCAACAAGAGCCUGUGGUGCCGUCAGCCCCGAUGGCAGGGGAGACUGAUUAUUCAGAUCCAUUUGAUGCUCGAUUGGAACACCGGCCGGAUCCAGAUCUCGGUCCUCUCCCCUGUGAGAAUAACAGCUACAUGGAACCAUAUGAAGCUCAAAGGGUGAUAACAGAACUGCAGCGAACCCCUGGAGGAGGACGAAUGCGGGGAGGGAUGCAGCUCUAUGACACUCCAUACGAAGACGAGCGAGGACAGCGCUUGGGUUACGUGCACGGAGAACUUUAUGAAGAGUGCAAGGAGACAAGCAGGCUGCCGCAAGAUGAUGAGAGACCAGCUGACGAGUACGACCAACCCUGGGAAUGGAAAAAAGAUCACAUCUCCAAAGCAUUCGCAGAAAUUAGGGAGUUGACGGAGUUGCCCUGGCCUGCCCCAGUGGGUCAGUUGGAGGAGGAGCCCCCCAUCAGAGAGCAAGCACAGUUUGAUGCCGCUGAGUGGGAUCGCUCAUCAUCGCCCACAGAGCGGUUGCGUCCUGCAGGUCCCAGGUCGAGCCCACUAGCAGCAGCAGGAGGAGGAAUGAAGUUCCGAACGCCUCAUGAAAGCCCCACCAUGAUGGGGGAGAGAGUAGACUCUACCCUCCCUCUGGAAAAACAGGUAUGGUACCAUGGCUCACUGUCGCGCUCAGAGGCAGAGUCCCUGCUAACACUGUGUAAAGAGUGCAGCUACCUGGUCAGGAACAGUCAGAACAACCGCUCCAACUUCUCUCUGUCCCUAAGGAGCUGCCAGGGUUUUAUGCACAUGAAGUUCACCCAGUGCAAAGAUGGGAAAUAUGUGCUGGGACAGAACAGCCCACUCUUUGAUACCAUUCCAGAGGCCGUCCACUUUUACACCACGCACAAACUCCCGAUCCGAGGCGCUGAGCAUCUGUCCCUGCUCUUCCCAGUGCAGGUGCAGACCCUCUGACUGACUCAGACUGCUGACAUUAUGAUCAGAAACCGAAUACAUGAAUGUUAUGCUGGAAAAUCUCAGCGGAGUGAAACGGCUUCAUCUUUUUUUUUUUUUUUGACUGGAUUACUUUUACUGUUUCAGCACACAAGGGGCUUAUGCUCUCAGCUGUUGCAUCGGUGCCAAGUGUAUAACAUCUUGGGUAACAAUUCCCAUGAAAUGCAGUACCUGAGCUAUCAGCGCGUUUGCUGCAACUCCUCUCAUCUAUGUGCUUAACCAAGCAGGCUACCUUCAGAACAUCUGCUGCACUUCAUUGCAUUUCUUUCUGAGUCGAUGGAAAUGCGAUGAGUUUUAGAAGCGCAGUCGCUGCAAGAAAACCUGAACGUUAAUCUACCAAUUCUCCAGUUCACUGAAGAGAAUGAACAAAAGGUGUGUUUUAAAUUAUUACUAUAUAUCAAUAAACAACCUUACAUCCAGAAAACAGCUGAUGUGCGAACUCUUUAAACUGAUAACUGUGCUCAUUUUCAUCCCCAAUAAUGAUAGCAAUAAAUCGGGCUAAAUUAGACAAGAAACUAUUGUUUGAAGGAAAGUCUUUAUUGGAAAGAAAGCUAUUUUUAAAGACAACCUACACCAGUAAUGGUUAAGAUUUUUUUUUUUUUCUUCAGAAAAUCACACCUGAUGAAUUCAACCCAGUCUACUUUGUUUGGUUUAAGGUUUGCCUGGAACAUUUCAGUGUUAUUUGUUGAUUGUUCAUUGUAUUAAACACUGUGUUGUACUGGUACUUGAUAAAAGUUUUAACUCUUGUUGCCUGCA